AUGCCGCUUGUGAUGGAUGCGAGGUUUGUGGCAUUCGAGAGGUUUGUGUGGAAUUUGGUGACAUUAUCGAAUAAUACUCGAUCUCGUUCUUUUGUGGAUUUAUUUGAUACGAGUUGUCGUGGUCGACCGGCUGAUCAUUUGCAAAAACGGGUGGUUCAGACAAAACACGUUUGUGUUGUUGGGAAACACGAUCACAAAUUAGGGCACGUAACGCAUCCUCUUCAAUGGCGACGGAGAAUACGACGGCGACGGCGACGGCGACGGCGACGGCGACGGCGACGACGAAGACCGGCGACCAACCGGAAAAGCACACCAGCCACGGCUCCAUCCACAACAACCGAAAACAUCUCAACGGAGAACCUAACAACUUCCACCACCGACAAAAACAACGGUGAUUCCGUCGAAACAAACUCGAAUAUCAAUGAUUCAGUAACCGUUACGACGGAAGCUGGUGAUAGAAACAGCACCGAAGAAGGUGAUUCGGCUACCGAUGAUACUCAGCGGAAGAUCCGCCGUGCGGAGCGGUUCGGUUUGCCGGUUCAGCUUUCGGAAGAAGAAAAACGGAAUUCUCGUGCGGAGAGGUUUGGUACUGCUGGUACAACACCUGGAUCACAAGGGUCGGAUACCACAAAGAAAGCUGAGGAGCUAAAACGGAAGGCUAGAGCAGAUAGAUUCGGUAUCACACAAUCAACACCUACUGAAGAAGAAGAGAAAAAGAAAGCUAGACUCUCUAGGUUUGGAUCAUCUUCUAAAGCUGAUCCUAUAGAGGAAGAGAAAAAGAAAGCAAGGGCACUAAGGUUUUCUGGAACACCGGCACCUGGAAAUGGAAAAAUUGAACCAAAGGCGGCGACCAUUGCUGGCAAGGCAGGUGGAGAGGCAUGAGUUAUGGUGCUUCUCAUAUAUUAGGUUUAGUGAGGAUCAGUAAAGCUGGCGUGCCCGACUUAAUUAAUAGUAAUGUUCUUGUGUCUCCUACUCUCCCAAACUAAAACUAAGAAGGAUAUCAAAAGUAAUAAUCAUGAAUUAAUCAACGGUGUUUCAUUGUAGGAGAAUAUGAUUCAUAAGAAGUAACUAGAACUUAAGCUUUUCACUUUAAUUUCAAAUCUCACUAUCUAGUCUAGCAUCAUUGUGUCCAUGAUUUUGGUGAAUUAGCUGCAUUUUUUUGACCUGCCGUGAAUCUAGGUAUUUUGAGUUAUCAUUUUGCUAUUCAGUGUUUUGAUGCAUCUUCAGGUAAUGAUGGUUACAUAUUCGGGCUGCAUUUCACGCACACCAAGAAUCAUGGUCAUACGAUGUUAGAUUAGUAGUGAACUGAUUUACUGUAUUUGUGAUUAGAACUUGAAUAUUUGCUUACAACGGUAGAACACGACGGUGGUUAUUUGGUUGAGACAUUGGCAGGAGAUUGCUGUUAAUGUUGUCGGGCCGCUAGUUUUAUCUGCAGGUAGGUGUUUAGUAAGAACUGUAGCAACAAGGGAAGGACCAUAAUGUUAAAUGACAAUGAUGGUUAUGUUUAUGUAUGCUCUAGCGUUUUGAUAACGUUUUGUUUUCAUAAAAAAUGACCACUUUAUGCCCAA